UCGUGCUUGUUAAACCCAAGCCCCAAGCUCCUCAUACUACUGGAUCUCCUAAUCCCGUGAAGCUUCUUGUGGACAAAGCGAAUCACAUUGAAAUCACCCCCAACCACCAAGGUAGAACCCAUAUCUACGAAUAAUUGAAUGUAAUGUAGUAUUUUGUACUAACACUUACAAUUUGUCCAAAUUAAACACACCUAAUAUGUAGCAAUUAGAAUUUAAUACAAUGGGAACCUGGUUAGUGAAUCAAACUGUUUCAUUUUAGCAAACUGGAGUGAGCUGGAUUGCUGAACCAAAUGAUUAAAUUGAACUAAGCCUACCGGCCUACCCAAUGUAUCAGUUUUGUCUCAACAGUUGCUAUUUAUGAGCUGUGAACCAAUGGUCGUAGUCAGCAUGCAAACAAUGCAGGUCAUGAUUAAAAGGCUGGAAUCUACUUGUUAGGCCCCGAGUUGAAUUUGUUGGCUGAAUUGAUGUAUUACAGAUUGUUGUCUGUGCAAUAUUGGCCAUUAACUUGUUUUCUGCUUGUCGUCAGAUGUAUAGGAACAAGAGUUGACAAAUAUGUGAUCCUUUUCCUUAAUGUAUGAGAAAGAAGAAGAAGAAAGUUAAAGAAACCGGUGAGGGAUAUGGGGUAGAGGAAGGGACACCAAAUGGAGAGAGGUCUUAACAAGAAAAUAUGGGGUGGAGGAAGGGGGGCGGUGGACUAAAGCAUCCUCGUUGUAUCGAUCUUCAUGUCUAUGGAAAUUGGUGGCGUCAUUAAAAGAUAAGAGUGUGGGAAGGUAUGGGUUUUAGCUUGGGGGAUGGUAGUAGUAGUUUUUCGGUGAGGGAUGAAGUAGUCACUUGGACUCCAUGUUGUAGAAGAAAUCUGGCUGAUGAAGAGUUUGAAGAAUUUUUGCAGCUUCUUCAAAUGCUAGAGAAGGUUUCUCCAAGGCUAUCAAAUCCAGAUUCCAUAAAAUGGUUAAAAGAAAAGUCAGGAUCGUUCUCAAUGAGAUCUCUUUGUUGGUCUCUAUGUGAAAGAGAUGGUUUUGAUGGGAUGGCUCCAACAGUUUGGCUAUGGCACUACGGUGCUCCUUUGAAGGCGGCGGUUACUACUUCAAAAAAAAGAAAAGAAAAGACGGGGUUUCUUUUCUUCGCUACUUCAAGCUCUUCUCAGUUACUACUUUUACACAUUUGGAGGAUAGACCAGUUCUCCAUGUCUGCUGUGGAAGUCAUGCAGGGCUUCAUGAGGAUUUGUAGCUGGAAUACAGUGAUGAUGAUAUGAUGAUUAGCACGACAAACUUAUCUAUAAACAGAGUACUACUACAUAAGUCACACCAUAAAAGAAGGAAAACGGACAAGCCAAGGUGUGUCCCAAGUCAGUUGAUUUGUGUCCAACAUGAUCGCUUUAAAGAUUGAGGUGCCGUUGUUACAUAGGAACAUACUCUUAUGUUUUGCUUGCCGUAAAUAAACUUUGUCAUGCAUUAAUUAAUAAUAUAACUAGGUCCUUGAAUAAUUGCUGUGACUACAGUUAUUCUCUUUACCAUUCGAACAUCACAUAUAUUUUCAUAUUGUUGUAUUGGUGUGGCAUAAAAUGUCUUAUGCAAUAUCCAUAUUGGUUAGUUUUAUAGACAAAUUGCAAUAUGUAUCCAUUCUCUAGGUUGACUUGAUUCUUUUGAGGAUUUG